AUGAAUGCUCAUACUGGUGCAUGGUAUCUUAAGAAGGUAGUCAUACGAUACAGUGAGACAGGAGGUUCAAGCUUGGGUGUAAGGUUCUUCUUUCGACAUCUAUUACAACCUUGGAAGGAUAGGAAUCCACAAGUAGAAGUAGUAACAACACAUAGUCAAUAUGAGCAUCCACAGCUUACUGGCGAAUGGGCUAGUGGUGAUACUUAUACUACUAAUAUGAGGAAGCUAAGACCCUGGCAAAUAGAGGAUUUAAUGAACCUAUACCGUAAUAGUGAAGGACCUAAUCUAUUCUUACGACAUGGGGGUCCUAGGAUAUGGACCGAACGAAGGAGUAUACAAGGAUUAUGGCAACCAUCACCUGAGG